CCUUCUCUUCUCUUCUUCUGGAGGCCGCCAAGCACCUCGCACUCGCACACCCCAAACCCCUUUCUCCACCUCGCGGUUUCCAGAUCACUCCAGAAGCGAUGGGGAAGAAGGUGAAGGCGGUGCCGGAGUGGCUCAACAGCCCCAUCUGGUCGACCCCGCCGCCGGCGCCGGCCCCCGCGGACCCCUUCGGCGCCGACUUCGCGCGGCCAGUGGCGCCGCCCCCCGACCCGCCGCCCUCCGUCCCGCCGCCGCCCACGUACGAGCAGGCGGUGGGCUCCUACGCCGCCCGCGAGAGGGAAGAGGAGGGCGCUGGCGCCGCUCUCCGGGCGCACCUGCUCGCCGACUUCAAGUCCGCGCUGUCGAAGAAGACGGUGAACAUGGGGGAGCUGCGGAGGCUCGCGUGCCUUGGCGUGCCCGACGGCGGCGGCGACGUGCGGCCUCCCGUGUGGAAGCUUCUCUUGGGAUAUUUGCCAACUGAACGAUCUUUAUGGCCUUAUGAAUUGGAAAAGAAGCGGAGCCAGUACAGUGCAUAUAAAGACGAGUUUCUUCUAAAUCCUUCAGAAAAACUACGUAGAAUUGAGGAAUCAAAGCUGUCAAGAAAGAAAGAAUUAAAUGUUGAGAGAAAUGGCUUGCUCCCGAGGUUGGAAGUUACUAAUGAAGAGCACCCUUUGAGCUCGGGUAAAUCUAGCUUGUGGAACAAGUACUUCCAGGAAUCAGAGAUCCUUGAGCAGAUAGAUCGAGACGUAAAGCGAACACAUCCAGAUAUAUCAUUUUUUUCUGUCAAGUCUAAUCAGGAAUCACUAAGGCGUAUUCUCAUUAUAUAUUCAAGAUUAAAUCCUAGUGUAAGAUAUGUGCAAGGGAUGAAUGAAGUUUUGGCACCCCUAUUUUAUGUAUUGAGCAAUGACCCUGAUGCAAGUAACUCGGCUUCAGCGGAAGCAGACACUUUCUUUUGCUUCGUUGAAUUGAUUAGUGGUUUUAAAAACAACUACUGUAAGCAUCUUGACAACAGCAGGGUGGGUAUUCGGUCUACACUUUCAAAGUUGUCUCAGCUCUUAAAGAAACAUGAUGAAGAGCUUUGGCGUCAUAUGGAGGUCAUUACAAAGGUGUACCCACAAUAUUAUGCGUUUAGAUGGAUCACAUUACUGUUGACAAUGGAGUUCAGCUUCAAUGUGUGUAUUCACAUCUGGGAUGCUAUCUUGGGCGACCCAGAAGGUCCUCCAGACACGUUGCUGAGGAUAUGCUGUGCUAUGCUCAUCCUUGUCCGGAAGCGCCUCCUUGUUGGAGAUUUCACGGCCAAUAUCCAGCUGCUGCAACACUACCCACAAACUAACAUUGAUCACCUCCUCCAUAUCGCUAACAGAUUGAGAGGAACUGUAGCCAGCUAGCGGUUUGAUCUUUUUCCUACAUGUAUGUACCUUGAUCUUGUCUGGUUGGUGUUCACCAGGCCACGUCAGGAAGCACAAACGCAGCUACUGAACAUAUCAAUUUUCCAAGAUGUGUUCUUGUGCCUGUGUUUUGUUCUCAUUUAGAGGUUAGCUCUCCGUACUUGGAAGGUGGUGUUAUAUUAUUGAUUUUAGAGGAGAGAGGAUGAGUUAGGACACGAGCAGAAAACUAUAGUUGUUAUGUUGCUGAGGAAACUGGAUCAUGACUCAUGAGCUCAACUUUGAAGCACUUUCAGUUCUCCAAAAUUCUCUGUCAAAAAAGUUAUAUCAGCGAACAAUGUUAUCCGAGGCCAGCAAAGGUGUGUGUGAUGUUCUUGAUCGAAUGCAUGAAUAACUUCGAGAUGCUAAGGGCAAGUAUGAUAUGUUCGUGAUGAAAAUAGAUGAGUCAUCUGAAGGGCUUUAUCUUCAGUUGAAUCAAGUAGUGGAUGGGCUACAAUUAUUGUUUUGAAGAAGACACCUCUUUCUUGUAAUAUCAGGAAGUGGUUAAAGAGUUUAUCCAAUGUGAAUCAUCCAACUCGCAAAUUAAACAGACACGCUUGGUGUUUGCUGCCGCAGUUCCUGUUCAGCUAAACUUGCGCUCAUUAUGGUACUUUGAGGUCUUUGAGUUGUUCAGCUUUGUGAUUGUAUCUCUAACUGGUAUCCCCAGUUUGUGGUUUGUCAUGUAUUCCUGGCGGGUAUUCAAAGCUAGACUUAUUUCAA